UGAUUAUAUAUUAAGCCAAUUGCAUUACUUAAACAUAACAACUUGUGUCACAUAAUGAAUCCCUCGUCGUGGAAAACCCUGGAAAAGUCAUAUUAUCCAUGUUUUCAGUCUUCCUAUGAUCCUUCUACGUAUUUUAGAGUUCUGUGGUAAAGCCCUGUCAUUUCAUCUUCAGAAUAACAUCACAGAUAUUGUGAACGCUGAACUGCAUGAUGUCCGAAGAGCCCAGUCGAGUCAUCUUGUGGACCAUACCACGAGGUUCGUCAACUGCGUUCUCCCUUUCAAUAAGUCGCAUACCCGACGUCGAAAUGUGGAUGGAACCUUACGGUUUUGCCCAUAUCGCCGAACUCAACGCUAAAGUGGAAGAAGGAGUUGCACUCCCCAAAGAGUAUGAUGGCAACGAAAAGCUUUACGAGAAAGUCGCCGGACAUGUUAGUACGGCGAUGGGUAGACGCUUCUUUCCCGAGACGCUGUCGUACUCCAAGAUAAAGAAGACUCUCGAAGGAAUAACUGCAAAGCACGUCUUUGUUAAGGAUAUGGCUUAUGGGAUGUUUGGUAAAGACGCGAUUCAGUAUAUCCCUAGCGGCUUCAGACACUCCUUUCUCAUCCGAAACCCUGACCUGGUAUUCCCGGGCCUUCACAAGAUGUAUUACAACCAUUUCAAAGCGAUUAACAGGUUACUGCCGGAAGAAAAAGACGAAGCUAGCUUCGACGUCCGGAACCAUAACGAGCUGGGGUCGCACGCAAACUACUUCAAGACAAUGCGCGAUCUCUGGUCGUAUAUCCGCAAGGGGAUCGAUCCGAAGGCAGUUAUUCUUGACUCGACGGACCUGCUUGCAGACCCACGUCGUGUCCUUUCUCGAUGGUGCGAGGCGGUGGGACUGCCCUUCGAUGAAUCUAUGCUAUCAUGGAAUCCGGAUGUUAAAGAAAUGGGAUCUUGGAAUUGGGGUAGUGACUGGGCAGGACAGGCCUCGUUUGACAUUUUUCAUGCUAGUGUUCUAAGGAGCACUUGUUUUACUCCUCCGAAGGCACCACAAACACGUAACCAGCUGACUGAUGACGUAAUUGAAUUAGCGGAAGCUGCUAUGCCCUUCUAUGAGGAAAUGUAUCGCCAUCGUAUACAUGUUGAUGAAAAACAUGGUCCCAACGAGGGGUAA